GGGGAACAGGCCCUUAUAGUGACGGUAUUGCCCUGACGUCGACGAGGCAUCCCACCCCCGAGUCCCGCACUGCAGUGCCAGUUACUGUACGGCUGGCUGCACGAGUGUAGCAUCACUGAGCUACAAGCUGAAUCAUGUCAAGAAGUCGAGAAGGCUGGGCAUGACCACCUCCUAGAGAGCAUACAUACAUCUACAUACACAACUAAGAAAAGAGUUUCAACAUCCAGGAUACGAUAUGUGAUGCAUCGCUCGGCACUGGCGCAUGCGUCUUGAAGUUUAUGUAAGGGCGGAAUUGUUGCUCUGAUGAUCAUGUAAUAAUCAUCCCACAUCGGAUACUGGGUGGGAUACCAGUAAGCAGCAGCUGAACGUUCCAGCCGCGUGGAGCUGGGAGCUGAGCGAUCAGCGACGUGAGACGCCGCGGGACACGGCUGACCAACACGAACUGCAGUGGCCAGAGACAUACUUCAGGCCCGUGAUGACUGUUAAUAGGCACUGGCAGUCGGGUUUGAAACUCGAUUCCUCUGCGAUUCAAGGUGCCGAUUGAAAGACCACCACCACUGCUACCUGGCCAUCUUGCCAUUUCAAUCGUGACCGGCCGCGGUUUUCGCUCACUGCAGUGGCACGACGGCUUGUCAAGUCGAGUAGGUGCUACAGAGGGCUUCGUCCUCCAAGGAAGGAGCGAACGUGCGGUCGUUGUUACCUCCUCACCAUCCUGACACUUCACUCAGAACUUGAACCUUAGUACAUCUCCCUUCCAUUUCGAGCCCGCUCAACCCUCAUUCCCGCCGAAGAAUCAUUGUCUCGAUAUACCAUCCGUCUAGCAAUAUGGGAGAUUCGCGCCCGACGCACAAGCACGCCGACGAAGACGGGCACUUUCGACGACAAGCAAGCGUCUUCCGCGACUGGAUCUCGAAAGAACCAGGUGCCAAGUUCGCUCCCGAACCCAACCGUUACGCCAUCUAUGCGAACCUAGGAUGUCCAUGGGCUCAUCGGACCAUUCUCGUCCGCGGUCUCAAGAACCUCGAUCCCCUGAUCCAACUCAUCCUCACCGACUUCGACCUAACGGAGAAUGGAUGGCUAUUCACGGGCCGCAAUGGAUCGGCGGACAAAGACCCUUUAUAUGGGUUCACGGGUCUGAAACAACUCUACCUCAAAGCUGACCCAGAGUAUACCGCUCGCUACACCGUGCCGGUCUUGUGGGACAAGAAAACAGAGACCAUCGUCAACAACGAGUCCAGCGAGAUCAUCCGCAUGCUGUAUGACUCGUUCGACGAGUUUCUCGAGCCCCACGAGCGUGAGGCCAACAAGCCCGGCGGCGGCUUUUAUCCGCCCCAUCUACGCAAGGAAAUCGAUGAAAUAAACGAAUGGGUUUACCACACGGUCAACAAUGGCGUGUACAAGUGUGGGUUCGCCACGACCCAAGAGGCCUACGACGACAACAUCUAUCCACUAUUCAAGUCGCUGGAUAGACUCGAAGCCCACCUUGCCGACCCGGCCCAUCAGCCCUACUUGUUCGGCGAGUACAUUACUGAAGCAGACAUCAGGCUGUACACCACUAUGGCUCGGUUCGACGUCGCGUAUCACAGUAUAUUCCAGUGCAAUCUAAAGAUGAUUCGGCACGACUAUCCUCGCCUAUCCAAAUGGUUGCGAAAUCUGUAUUGGGACGAGUCUGAGCGGACAAACGGUGGCGUCUUCAAGAAGACCACCUACUUUGAUGUCUAUAAACAUGGCUACCUGCGGGCAAGGUCCCGCCAGCUGUGGGGAGGCAAUGACCAGGACAAGCCCCUCGUCAUUCCGCGAGGCCCUCUGCCGGAUAUCGAGCCACUGACAGAUGAGGAGGAACAGGAGCUCAUCAACGGCACAGCGAAAAAACUCGUCGGCCUGGAUAUCGACACAAAAGGCAGCAACACUGUAUCGAGCCCUUCGAGCCCAGACAGCUACAACCACUUUUCUGCCCAGGGCGCGAAGAGCGGCAUGGGUGCCCUCUUCGGCGCAGACGUCGAUUCGCCGGCAUCCGAUCUGAAAUAUGAGUCGGGCCAAAAAGGCGGCGAUGAUGACGCCGGCACUGGAGUCGAUGAAAACGGCGAGUUCCAUCCGCGCCGGGUCAUUCAACACCGUACCGCGCACAGCGACGAGAAUGCAAAGUGGUACAAAGCGGCGAAGAAGGCCGAGAAGAAGUCCGGGGCCCCGACCGUGCACUUAGCCUCAUCAUAAGUGAUGUUAUGCCCUGGAGAUGAUCUCCUAAGCUGGACCGUUGGAUGAGAGGACAUGUCAUUGACACAACUGUAGUCUUAUCAUGACCGUGUUGGAGCAGGAUUCGAGUGGUCAACAUUAUGUAACUGUACGCCGUUGCGCACGAGAUCAUCCGUAGGGGGUUAUGGAUGGACCCGAUGUUACCGCACCGUCCACAAACUAGGCGUGUCACUUCAUGUGAGCAUGAAGUGAUAUAUUCUCAGCUUCCAUGGGUAGUCAGCUGAUUAUCUCGUUGUAUCGAUUCUCGAAUGCCGCAAUGCGCUCACCGAAGUCCGAAUCUGUUGGCAAUCUCGAGGAAACCGCCGGCUUCCUGUUCGAUCCACAUAUCAACCCAACCGUCCGCUUUCGCCUUGGCGGUUUCCUCCCCUGACCACGAUUCCUCUUUAGGCCUGUCAAUGUAGAUUGUCUGGUAACCACACUCGCGA